CCACCGUCACUCACUCACUCUCUCUCUCUCCCUCUCUUCUUCCCUUUGUCCACGGCGAUUCUACUGUUCAGACAGAAGAGGGGAAGAGAGGAAGCAUUGCGGUUAGAAGAGAGACGACAAAACGAUCGGAGCUCUUUCUUCUGUUUCGGUCCACUCACACGCUACGGUGAGUUCGCCGGCGGCUCGGAUUGUCGUUGUUUUCCGCUCCGGGAGUAGUUCCGUCCGAUUCCAUCAGCACUCGGUGAAAUCUGGUUUCAAAUUGGUUACCCUAGGGGUAGUGCUUGUCGGAAGUGAACGGAAGCCAUCUCAGUUAUGAUAGUCUGGUCUGACCAUCAAGCUGUUUCAUUCCACCCAAAAGUGUCUCUUCAUGUUCAUGACAAUGGUACCAAAUUUUUUGUAAGAUUCUUUACAGAGAGUACUAUUAAACAGUAACCAGCGGUGUCUUCGUUGCAAAAGCCAUUUCUCAAACAUGUGCCUUGGGUUGGAACCUUGAGAUAUGAGAGCUGAUCUUUGUGGCAAUGUCUUCUUGAUACUUACUGGUUUCACAACCUUUCUUGGAGAUAAUCUGUCUUAAAAAUUCCUGGUAGUGAUUGUGGAUUAUACAUCAAGUUUGUGAUACUGAGGAAGUGCUUAAGUUCUCCAGAUUGGACUUCCUAAAUGGGUUGGUACCAAGUUAUGCACUGAUUUGAAUUGGAGUAUGGAAGAAUCUGAUAGCAGAGGAGAUUCACAAGGCAAUGGGACAAAGCCUGCUCCUCUGAAAACUAAUUCAAGUUUUAAAGCUACCUCUUCAGGCAGAUUGACUCCUAAGAAUGCAGCUUCAUUUCGUAGAUCUCGUUCAAUUAGAACUCCUCGCAAAGAACCUAAACUUCACAUUAGUCCUCUUCGAUGGAUCAGAAGCAAGCGGUUGUUUCCUUGGUUGGUUAUCAUUGGUGUUUGGAGCUACAUUGGUUUCCAUGUACAGUCAAAAUGGACUCAUGAUGAAAACAAAAAGGAGUUUCUAGGUUAUGAAAGUAAACCUUUCUCCCAACAUCAAGUGGAUGGUAUGAUCAAUAGUACGGUACCCAAGGAAGUGGAUACAACGAUGUUCCAGAAUGGUUCUUUCACAAGUGUCAGUCUCAGUGAGGCGCUAGCAGAUGGUGGCAGUUCAACUAGGAGGCCAAAUGGAAUUACUGUCAGCACCUCAAAAACUAAGAAGUCAUCCUCUCGCCGCCGCUUGAGUAGGAAGAAGACCAAAACUAAUAACAAUCCGCAGAAAAGAAAUGGUACUAUGAGUGAGAUCAGUAACCUGGAUGAAGAAACAGAACCAAGCAAUGGCAGCAUUACACCUUAUGAAACAAUCAAGGGAAACACUUCUUAUGGACGUAUCGUUGGACCUUUCGGUAAAAUGGAAGACAGCAUUUUGGAGUGGAGUCCAGAAAAGAGAACCAGUACUUGUGACAGGAAAAGAAUGUUCGCACAAACAGUCUGGGGCAGGUCAUUCGUUUUGAUAAUUCAUGAGCUUUCACUGACAGGUGCCCCAAUUUCCAUGAUGCAACUUGCAAGCGAACUUCUGAGCUGUGGAGGUACAGUAUCUGCAGUGGUCCUUAGCAAGAAAGGUGAGCUAAUGGGAGAACUGUCAAGGCGUGGCAUUAAAGUGCUGAAGGAUAAGGUGGACCUUAGCUACAAGGCUGCAUCAAAAGCUGACCUCGUAAUUGCAGGUUCAGCUGCAUGUGCUUCCUGGAUCGAACAAUAUCUUUCACAUUACAUGAGUGGUGGGAGUCAAGUAGUAUGGUGGAUCAUGGAGAACAGAAGGCCAUACUUUGAUCACUCAAAGCAUAUGCUUUCGAAGGUGAAGAUGCUGAUGUUCCUAUCAGAAAAUCAGUCUGAACAAUGGGUUGCUUGGUGCAAAGAAGAGAAGAUUCCAUUGAGGUCCUCACCUGAACUAGUUCCUCUUUCAGUUGCUGAUGAACUGGCAUAUGUAGCCGGCUUGCCUUCUUCAUUAAAUACCCCCUCUUUUACUACCGAAAAGAUGUUAGAAAAAAGACAUUUGUUGAGAGAUGCUAUUAGAAGGGAAAUUGGAUUAAAUGAUAGUGAUAUGCUUGUGAUGACACUAAGUAGCAUCAAUCCUGGAAAGGGCCAAUUGUUUCUUCUUGAGUCAGCUUUGCAGGUGUCUAACAAAUUAUCUUUUCAAGCAGAUAUUAGGCAGAAACUUGCCACACAAAUGAAAAAUUCCUCCACUGUCGCUGGUCGCAAACACCGUCGAGCAAUGGCCAAAAGGAAAAAAUCAAGAGCCCUAUUAAAUGAUUUGUCCCAUUGUGAUUAUGAAAAUAUGCAGGAUACUGCCAAGAAGCGGCAGAUAAGGAGGAUAUUAUCAGAGCAUAAGGGGAAGCACAGAGAGGCAAUUAAAGUUUUAAUUGGCUCCCUUGGAUGCAAGAGUAAUAAAGUGAUCUACGUAAAUGCCAUUCUCAGGUUCUUGUCCGAACACUCAGACCUCUCAAAAGUUGUUCUAUGGACUCCUGCAACAACACGUGUUGCCUCGCUUUAUGCUGCAGCUGAUGUAUAUGUUAUUAACUCUCAGGGUGUUGGGGAAACCUUUGGACGAGUGACUAUAGAAGCUAUGGCAUUUGGCCUUCCGGUCCUUGGAACAGAUGCAGGAGGCACUCGACAACUUAUAGAGCAUAAUGUCACUGGCUUGCUGCAUCCUCUGGGACAAGAUGGAGUUCAAGCACUUGCAGACAAUCUUGAGUUUCUGUUGCACAACCCAUCGAUAAGGGCAGCUAUGGGUGCAAAAGGAAGGAACAAGGUUAUGAAUUUGUUUCUCAAGAACCAUAUGUACCAGAGACUUGCUGUAGCCUUCCGGAGAUCCAUGAAAGUCAAAUGAAAGAAGAGGAUGCUUGAAUGUAGCCACUCUUCCAGGAGGAUCUCCGCAUUCCACUGUGGUGGAUUCAUGAUAUUUGUCAUUCUUUUUCAUGUGUGAUCCCCACAUUUAGUCGGGAGUGCUUCAUCCUAUCUAUCAAAUUUUGGAACUUUUUUGUAUUCUGAAUUUUAACCUUAGAUUUUUCAAUUUUCAA